AUGAAACCGCGCAUCCUCGUAGUGAACCCCAACGCGACAGAGAGCUUUACCGAUGGUAUACGCGAAUGUCUUCCUCAGCAUCCCGAUAUUGACUAUGACUUUUACACUGCUCCCUUGGCCACAGCGCCUCUAUCCAUUGAAGGUGUCUAUGACAGCAUUGUAACCGCCAAUGCGUGUUUGCAAGAUCUGAAAGAAAGGCUUCACCAAUGGGACGGGUUCGUCGUUGCUUGCUUCUCUGCACACCCCCUAGCGCAUGCCCUGCGUGAACUUACCAGCGCUCCGGUCGUGUCGAUUCUAGCAGCGCCGAUAUUGAUAGCCUCUACCUUGGGCGGCAAUCCUGCUAUUAUCACUACAUCACCACGAUGGGUCCCGCUCCUUACGCACGAUAUCCAUACACUGGGCCUCAGUGCUUUGUGCAAGCAUGUCGUUUCGUCUGGUAUGGCGGUCCUCGACUUAGAGCGGUUGCCUCGUGAAAAGGUCAUUCAGACGCUCAGCACAAUUGUACGUGAUGAACUCGUUGGUUGCCGCGAAGCCGACGUCAUCAUUCUCGGAUGCGCAGGCAUGGCAGGUCUCGAGGAGGCUAUUCAGCAAGACUGUGGCGAUGGCAUUGUCGUGCUAGACCCUGUUCGCUGCGCGGUCGAGAUGUGUGCUAUGGCGCUACGUAUGGGCACUAGCACAGCAAAGCGGGGAUUGUACGCUUCUGCUAUGGCGCCGGCGUCCUCUGCUUGA